UGCCCGGAAAUAACUCGCGAGGAUUUGAAAACAUCGCCGACUCUCGGACUCGCUUGGCACCCCUGCCGGCCUACAUAGAACACAGCCUCACCGCUCGCUCGCUCUGUCUUUCUCGCAGCACGGCCAUGGAGUAUGAGAGGAUUCGCAAAGUGCAGAUUGGAUUGCUUUCUCCAACUAAAUUGAGGAUGAAACUACUUGGGCAUCGUAACAGCGCAAGAAAGGGAGGGAGCAAUUCGGCAAAGAUGUCUCCAUCCAAGAAUGAGGACAUGAAGUCUGCAAGGAACAACUUACUAGUAGGCGAUAUCGACAACGAAGAAAGCUCUAAGGACUUUAAAGGGGAUUUAAGACCUGAGAAUAUUGCAAAUUCAGAUGCUUCUGCCACAGGGUUACAUGAUAAAGAGUCUUCAAGUUUCGAUAGCGUUAAUCGAUCGCUGUCAAACGAAAAGAUUAACACCAGUUGUAUCAAGCAGGAUUACUGCAGAAGUGCUCCCCAUCAAGCUUAUUUAAACAGCAACUUGAGCAUCAUACACCCAGUAAGGACUCUUGAUGAAGGGGGUGGCAACUGUCUCCACAGCAGGAAUGACACUGUCUCUAGCUUUGAAUUUCAUCGCGUCGAGAGAAUAAUUCAACAGCCAUCUCUAGGCCUCUUUUCUGGGCAUGUUCCAUCAAAGUGGAAUGAUGCGGAAAAAUGGAUAAUAAAUCGACAAAUAGCAAGCCCAAGUGUCAAGAAGAAGACUCCUGCACAGAAACAGGGGAGCCAUCAAACAAGUUCUUUGUGCAGGCUUGAGACGGAUUCCACAAUUGCAGAACAUAAGGCGUCAGUUGUCCAGGCUCUGGAUAGCAUGAGGAAUGAAUUCAACCAAACUGCUUCACAGGAUGUGGUAGAGAAGUUCUCUUUUGUUCCUCAUGCGUCGAACAACAAAGCUGUUGAAUCUGUCGAUUCUUCACCUUAUAGUGGUACUUCUGGGAGCUGUUCCAGAUCCGGAGAAGACGUAAAUCAUCAAGAGUUUUCAAUAAUGAAAAGGCAUGCCAGCGAACCGACAGUUGUUCCACCUAUGCAGUCUGUGUCAAUGAGAGACAUAGGUACGGAAAUGACUCCGGUACCUACUCCACUUGGAUCAAUAACACCCACUCGAAGCUCCAUUUCUUCUUUGCCAUCAACUCCGAGACAAGGAGUAGCUUCACAGUUGUCUACCGAGGAGAUGAAGGACACAGAACAAGAUUCCGAAACUAAAGGUGGCAAAGAUAAAUUGACUGAGAGAGAAAUGCGGCUGAAAAUAAGAAGAGAAAUAGCGGCCCUUGGCAUACAACUAGGAAAGAUGAACAUCGCUUCCUGGGCUAGUAAAGAAGAGGUAGAACAAUGUUCUCCCUCACCGAAAGCUCUUGUUGCUGAUCCAACAGAGAAGGAAUACAAAGCCUGUGCUGCAGCAUGGGAGGAAGCUGAGAACACUAAGCAUAUGGCCAGAUACAAACGUGAAGAAGUCAAGAUCCAAGCAUGGGAGUGUCGUUGGAAAGCGAAAAUUGAAGCUAAAACGAAGAGUAUUGAGGCCAAAGCAGAACGAGUUAGAGCUCGCGCCCUCGAGAAGAUGGCGGAAAAGCUAGCUAUGACACGGCGGCAGGUGGACGAGAAACAAGCAGCUGCUCAAGCCCGGAUGAAUAAGCAAGCAUCCAGAACAGCUCACAAGGCUGAGCACAUACGCCGAACUGGACAAAUUCCUUCGCCAAAUUACUUAUGCUGUGGUGGGUUCUCUUAGAUUCCAUCAGACCCUCACAGAUCUAAUCUAUCAAAGCAGCAUUGCCGUGAUGACGGCGCAGAAAAUUUCCCCUGUUCUUAUAUAGAUAAAGUGUCUCAUGUACAUGGGUAAUCACUAAGACCAUCACUGUAUUCUUGCCUUCUUGUAGUUCAUCUCCAGUUUGAUUGGCUUGUUGGCCAAACACCCCAUUCAAAUAGUUUAGAGCUCGCCCAUCUGAUCAAAA